AUGAAACGACCAGGUGUCAAUACUGACUCCGAUACACCUUUGCUAAAAAAAAAAAAAAAAGGGUGGGACUUUCUGCACGAAGUGAUGAUGAAGAUCUCAUCAAACGCAAACAUAAAAUAUGACGAAAAUGCUUUAAUAAAUAAAGGACUUACCGAUUUGAAAUCCUCGAAUCGUUUCAGCUUUACUCUAUCUUCAUCCGGUAACAUUCCCAGAGAGGAACUGGACGUAACAAAGAAAAUAUUGAGAAUAUGCAACUUAAGGGAUGAAUUUAUAAAAACUUUCCCUGAUAUUGAUACGCCAUUAAUUGAUAAUAGGAGAACAUUAGAAUAUAAUAAACAAAAAAAUCCUUAUAAAACUGAGUCUUCUGAACCUUUAUAUAACCCUAACAAUGUUGUUAUUUUAAAAAAAUGCAAUGCUUUUAUUAAUUUUGUUGAUGGGAUUUUUUACGUUCACUGGGAUGCAAACACUGAUCAAGGACCUAAAAAAAAAGAAGAGUGCACCGAAGAAAAUAAGUUAGCGGGGGCCUGGGGCAUAAAAACGACUGAGGAAUUUCUGUUGUCCAUUGAGGAAAUAAUGAUAGCUGUUCAAGAUCCUGCAUGCAAAAGUUUUUGUUAUCAAAGAUUGAAGUACUUGGAACAGAAAUUUGAUUUCCAUAUUAUGUUUAAUGGAGCAUUAGAACUAAGUGAAACAACAAGUAUUAAACAUCGAGAUUUUUAUAAUGUUCGAAAAGUAGAUGUACAUGUUCACCAUUCUGCAUGCAUGCAGCAAAAAGCAUUGCUAAGUUUUAUAAGAGAAAAAUAUAUAUCUGAACCUAAUACUAUAGUGUACAUAAAUGAAAAAGGAGAUAAAAUGUCAUUAAAAGAAAUUUUCGAUAAAGAAUUAAAAAGUUCAGCAUAUGAUGCAACAGUAGAUAGCUUAGGUGUUCAUGCAUUAGGAAAUUGUUUUCACCGAUUUGAUUUAUUUAAUGAAAAAUAUAAUCCAUUUGGUCAGAAAUUAUUAAGAGACAUUUUUUUAAAAACAGAUAAUUAUAUAGAUGGUAGAUACUUAGCUGAAAUUACAAAAAGAGAAAUACAAAAUUUAGAGAGAUCUAAAUAUCAACAUGUUGAAUGGAGAAUAUCAAUUUAUGGAAGAGAUAAAAACGAAUGGUUAAAAUUAGCAAAAUGGGUAUUAGACAACAAUUUAAGUAGCGUAAGAGUACGAUGGGUUGUACAAGUUCCUCGAUUAUAUCAUAUUUAUAAAAAAAGGAAAUUAAUAAAAUCUUUUGAUGAAUUUCUAAGAAAUAUAUUCGAACCUUGUUUUCAAGCUAUAAAAGAUCCAGAACAUAACAAAAAAAUUUUUGAAUUUUUACAUCAAGUUGUUGCUUGGGAUAGUGUUGAUGAUGAAACUGCUAUUUCGAAAUAUACUAUGAAAGGAGGGGAACUACCUCCCCCUGACAAAUAUACAAGCGAUAAUAACCCUCCUUAUUCUUAUUACGCUUAUUAUAUGUAUGUUAACAUAAGAUCGUUGAAUCAAUUUUUGGCUAGUAGGAAUUUGAGACCAAUGGCAUUCAGGCCGCAUUGCGGUGAAACGGGGAAUAUAAGUCAUUUGGCCACCAUGUUUUUAUUAGCUGACAGAAUAAAUCAUGGUAUCAAUUUGAGGAAAUCUCCAGUCCUGUUAUAUUUGUAUUAUCUUAAGCAAAUUGGGCUAGCACUUUCUCCUCUAUCGAAUAAUGCCCUCUUUUUGCAAAUAGAGAAAAGCCCAUUUAAACGCUUCUUCAAAAUUGGGUUAAAUGUAUCACUAUCGACAGAUGAUCCUUUGAUGUUUCAUUUUACUGAUGAGCCAUUAUUAGAGGAGUAUUCCAUAUGUGCACAUAUAUGGAAGUUAAGUGCAGUAGAUCUAUGCGAAAUAGCAAGAAACUCCGUUAUUCAAAGUGGGUAUGAACCAUCUUUUAAAAAGCACUGGUUGGGAAUUGCCGAAGAACAGGACUUACUAAAUUUUCAAAACAACCCGGAAAAAACGAAUAUUCCUAAUACUAGGAUGACUUACAGGAAAAACACAUUAGCUGAAGAGAAUGAAAACAUAAAGAGACUUGCGAAUUAUACAAAUCAUGCAUAA